CCCAAUCCACUGAUGUUACAUCUGAGACAGUCACUACAACAGAUGCUGAUAUUCAAUCCACUGAUGUUACAUCUGAGACAGUCACUGCAACGCAUGCUGAUAUCCAAUCCACUGAUGUUACAUUUGAACCGGUCACUGCAACUGAUGCUGAUAUUGAAUCCACCGAUAUAACAUCUAAGACAGACACUGCAACGGAUGCUGAUAUCCAAUCAACUACUGUUACAUCUGAGACAGUCACUGCAACAGAUGCUGAUAUCCAAUCCACUACUGUUACAUCUGAGACAGUCACUGCAACUGAUGCUGAUAUCCAAUCCAGUACUGUUACAUCUGAGACAGUCACUGCAACGGAUGCUGAUAUCCAAUCCACUACUGCUACAUUUGAUACGGUCACUGCAACUGAUGCUGAUAUCCAAUCCAGUACUGUUACAUCUGAGACAGUCACUGCAACUGAUGCUGAUAUUCAAUCCACUGCUGUUACAUCUGAGACGGUCACUGCAACGGAUGUUGAUAUCAAAUCCACUGAUGUUACAUCUGAGACGGUCACUGAAACUGAUGCUGAUAUCCAAUCCACUAAUGUUACAUCUGAGACAGUCACUACAACGGAUGCUGAUAUCGAAUCCACUGAUGUUACAUCUGAGACGGUCACUGAAACUGAUGCUGAUAUCCAAUCCACUAAUGUUACAUCUGAGACAGUCACUACAACGGAUGCAGAUAUCAAAUCCACGGAUGUUACAUCUGAGAGAGUCACUGCAACUGAUGCUGAUAUUCAAUCCACUAAUGUUACAUCUGAGACAGU